AUGACACCAACGACGACACCAACGACGACACCAACGACGACACCAACGACUACAGGAUCAACUACAACAGAAGAAUCGACAACAGGAUCAUCCACAACAUCGACUACUGAAUCGACGACACCAACGUCGACACCAACGACGACACCAACGACUACACCAACGACGACACCAACGACGACAGCGACGACAACAGGAUCGACUACAAUAGAAGGUUCUACUACAGAAUCGACAACUGGAUCAUCCACAACAUCGACUACUGAAUCGACGACACCGACGUCGACACCAACGAUGACACCAACGACGACACCAACGACGACACCAACGACGACACCAACGACUACAGGAUCAACUACAACAGAAGGAUCAUCCACAACAUCGACUACUGAAUCGACGACACCAACGUCGACACCAACGACGACACCAACGACUACACCAACGACGACACCAACGACGACACCAACGACUACAGGAUCAACUACAACAGAAGGAUCAACUACAGAAGAAGGUACAACAUUUACUACUGAAUCGACGACUGCAACGACAACAGAAUCAACUACAACGGAAGGUUCUACUACUGAAUCAACGACAGCAACGACAACAGAAUCAACUACAACGGAAGGUUCUACUACUGAAUCAAAGACAGCAACGACAACAGGAUCAACUAAUCGACAACAGGAUCAUCCACAACAUCGACUACUGCAUCGACGACACCAACGAUCAACUACAACGGAAGGUUCUUCGACUGAAUCAACGACAGCAACGACAACAGGAUCGACUACAAUAGAAGGUUCUACUUCAGAAUCGACAACUGGAUCAUCCACAACAUCGACUACUGAAUCGACGACACCGACGUCGACACCAACGAUGACACCAACGACGACACCAACGACGACACCAACGACGACACCAACGACUACAGGAUCAACUACAACAGAAGGAUCAACUACAGAAGAAGGUACAACAUUUACUACUGAAUCGACGACUGCAACGACAACAGAAUCAACUACAACGGAAGGUUCUACUACUGAAUCAACGACAGCAACGACAACAGAAUCAACUACAACGGAAGGAUCAACUACAACAGAAGGUUCAACAUCCACUAUUGAAUCGACGACUGCAACAACAACAGGAUCAACUACAACGGAAGGCUCUUCUACUGAGUCAACGACAGCAACGACAACAGGAGCAACUACAACAGAAAGUUCUACUACAGAAUCGACAACAGGAUCAUCUACAACAUCGACUACUGAAUCUGCGACACCAACGUCGACACCAACGACGACACCAACGACGACACCAACGACUACAGGAUCAACUACAGCAGAAGAAUCGACAACAGGAUCAUCCACAACAUCGACUACUGAAUCGACGACACCAACGUCGACACCAACGAUGACACCAACGACGACACCAACGACGACACCAACGACGACACCAACGACGACACCAACGACGACACCAACGACGACACCAACGACUACAGGAUCAACUACAACAGAAGGAUCAACUACAACGGAAGGUUCUUCUACUGAAUCAACGACAGCAACGACAACAGGAUCGACUACAACAGGAUCGACUACAACAGAAGGUUCUACUACAGAAUCGACAACAGGAUCAUCCACAACAUCGACUACUGAAUCGACGACACCAACGUCGACACCAACGACGACACCAACGACGACACCAACGACGACACCAACGAGGACACCAACGACGACACCAACGACUACAGGAUCAACUACAACAAAACGAUCAUCUACAACAUCUACUACUGAAUUGACGACUGCAACGACAACAGGAUCAACUACAACAGAAGGUUCAACAUCCACUAUUGAAUCGACGACUGCAACAACAACAGGAUCAACUACAACGGAAGGCUCUUCUACUGAAUCAACGACAGCAACGACAACAGGAGCAACUACAACAGAAAGUUCUACUACAGAAUCGACAACAGGAUCAUCUACAACAACGACUACUGAAUCUACGACACCAACGUCGACACCAACGACGACACCAACAACGACACCAACGACGACACCAACGACUACAGGAUCAACUACAACAGAAGGAUCGACUACAACAGAAGGUUCUACUACAGAAUCGACAACAGGAUCAUCUACAACAUCGACUACUGACUCGACGACACCAACGACGACACCAACGACGACACCAACGUCGAGACCAACGACGACACCAACGACUACAGGAUCAACUACAACAGAAGCAACGACAACAGGAUCAAUUACAACAACAACAUCUACUACUGAAUCGACGACUGCAACGACAACAGGAUCAACUACAACAGAAGGUUCAUCAUCCACUAUUGAAUCGACGACUGCAACAACAACAGGAUCAACUACAACGGAAGGCUCUUCUACUGAAUCAACGACAGCAACGACAACAGGAGCAACUACAACAGAAAGUUUUACUACAGAAUCGACAACAGGAUCAUCUACAACAUCGACUACUGAAUCUACGACACCAACGGCGACACCAACGACGACACCAACGACGACACCAACAACGACACCAACGACGACACCAACGACUACAGGAUCAACUACAACAGAAGAAUCGACAACAGGAUCAUCCACAACAUCGACUACUGAAUCGACGACACCAACGUCGACACCAACGAUGACACCAACGACGACACCAACGACGACACCAACGACGACACCAACGACUACAGGAUCAACUACAACAGAAGGAUCAACUACAGAAGAAGGUACAACAUUUACUACUGAAUCGACGACUGCAACGACAACAGGAUCGACUACAACGGAAGGUUCUACUACUGAAUCAAAGACAGCAACGACAACAAGAUCAACUACAACAGAAGGAUCAUCUACAACAUCGACUACUGAAUUGACGACAGCAACGACAACAGGAUAA